AUGGGAAACGGCUCAAUGAAACCCAAGCAACUGAAGUGGGCAGAUAGACAUGCAGCAAACGUCUCCAUCAGUUCUUCUGGCAACAGCAAGUUGUUGGAAGAGCCAGCGUUGGGCGUCCACGCAACAGGGAGAGCUGAUGUUCUUAGAAGUAAGAUUCUGGAGCUGAGAAGAAAAGAGGAAGAGUUGUGAGAGAGCAGAUGUCGCAUCGCAGAGCUCCAGGAGCAGCUGGAUAAGCAAACCAAAGCCAUUGCUAACCUCACCAAGAAACUUCACAGCAAGUGUCCCCAGAUGAACAAGCUGUUAACACCCGGGCAAGGAACUCCCUCCCUUCAUCAUAAAGUGGUUGUUAGGAUCAGCCAAGCUGUCUCGGACUUGUUCUCUGUUAACAGGAGAGAUGCUAAGGAAGGCAUAUCUGCAAAGCCAAAGACCAGGACGUAGGAUCUGAGCAAACAGCCCAAAUUUUCCUUUCAAAAUGCAAGACUCCAGGAAAUCAUCACCCAGAAAAUCCUAUUCUCCUAUGGACCAGGUUCUCAGCUGGUGUACAUUGAAGUCAGAGGAGCUCGACUGAUUGAGAAAAAGCUCAUCACAGAUGCCCUGAAGAAGAGAUUGUACCCUCAGCAGAUCCAAGAUACAGUGGAAUAUUAUGGGAGAACAAACCAGCAGGGUAGCUAACUCAAACAAGGAGACCCAGGCAACCAUAUUUCUGUGUUGGCAGAGGGCAGGGUGGAGGUCUUCCAGCAGAACAAGCUACUGCCAUCAAUCCCUGAGUGGACAACGUUUGGUGAACUAGCCAUUUUAUAUAACUGCACAAGGACAGCUUCUGUGAAAGCCAUCACCAAGGUCAAGACAUGGGCAUUGGACAGAGAGGUGUUCCAGAACAUCAUGAGAAUGACAGUAUUGGGCUUGAAAGUCUUCACGUAUGAUGCAGGGGAGAAUAAUUCCCUCAAUGGAAGGACUCACAAGGUGAAAUGCUAUGACCUGUGUUAUGCAGGAGUUCAUAGCGAUGAUGUCAGGUCAGCAAACAUAAUUGCAGAGGAAAAUGAUGUGCCGUGCCUUGUUAUAGAUAGUGAGUAA